AGGGAUUUUGCAAUAUUGCAAUCGCUUAAGUUAAGUCAUUUGCAAACCAAAGAAAGGAAGUAUUUUUAGUGAUAUCAAGUUUAAAUGUAAUGUAAUCUCGUUCAACCCACGUAAGAAUACAGUAAACACAAAAUGCCUGAAUUGUCACAAAUUAGAAAUUUCAGACUCAAGAUCCUGUUUCUGAUUCAUUUCAUUUUUAUGUCGUUAAGUACGAUGGGAUAUUGGAGUUCCAAUGCAUAUCUGUUUUAUAACAGUUUGCUUAUUGUUCUCUUCCUUUGGAGUUUGUAUCAUGAUCAAAGUCAUGAACCUAUACAAUUGGCAAUUGUUGUAAAUGGGAGUUCUAUAUUUUUAGAUAUAUUAAUCUUGGUAAUGGGUUUUCCAUCUUCUACCGAUAGUGCCAGAAAUAAAUUUUCAGCAGCAAUGGCAAUACUACAUCUUAUAAUUCGCCCAUUCAGUACAAUACUGUUAAUAAAGAAUUUGGAAGAACGAAGUGGUGCCACAGGUGUGCUAACUGGAAUAUUCCCUGGCGGUAACAGUACUGGAAGUGACGCCUACGAAGACCUCGACAGACCUGUCAUUCCUCAGAGUUCAGGAAAAACUGGCGGAUAUGAUUUCUCUUCCGCUCAACAAAUUUAAGUAAUAUUCUUUAUAUGAUUUAUCGUUUGCGUUUUUGGAUUUUCAAAUUACCUUAGCUGUAUAUAUUUUUAUAAAAACCUAAUGAAAUAUAGGCAAGAAAUAUCCUAAAUAUAUAAAAAUGAGUUUUGUAGUGUAAGGAUUGUAUUUUAUGGAAAAUACGUUUUAAAAUAUUUUUCGAUGUUGUAUUUCUAGUCUACUUAAUGACGGAUUUUAUUUCUUAAUCAUUAUAGUCGAGUCAAUGUACUAUGAAAGUGCUGUAAACUUCUUAAUCCUCGUAUAUAGGUCUGAUUUUGAUAAUUUUUA